CCAGUUGCCUUGAUGUCUAUACUUGACACUUCGUCAGUGCUUAACCUUAAUUCACCUCAGUUUAAACCGUUUUACCGCCUUUAUCCCAGUUGUUUGUUGAUUGCUGUUGUUGUUUCGUGAUUAGUGCAGUAACUGCUUUGUACAAUGGAUGUUGCCGAUGUAAAUGUAGGCCAGCGCCAGCAUCGCGAUGAAAUCGGCAUUCGCUGCCAGAAGCUGUUCCAGGACUUCCUGGAAGAGUACAGAGAAGAGGGCGAGCUGAAAUAUCUGGAGCCCGCCAAGGAAUUGCAAAACGAAGAGCGCAGCAUAAUUGAAGUGAACUUCGACGAUGUGGAGAAAUACAACCAAAACCUGGCUACUACAGUCAUAGAGGAGUACUACAGGGUCUACCCGUAUCUGUGUCAAGCUGUGGCCAACUUUGUGAAAGACCGCACGGAGCUGAAAAAGCCCAAGCAGUGCUACAUUGCGUUCACCGACGUGCCAACCAGGCACGUAGUGCGAGAGCUGAAAACUGACAAAAUUGGCACUCUGAUUCGGAUUUCUGGACAAGUAAUCCGCACACAUCCCGUCCAUCCGGAGCUCGUCUCCGGCACCUUUGUGUGCCUGGACUGUCAGACGGUUAUCAAGAAUAUUGAGCAGCAAUUCAGGUACACAAACCCAACAAUCUGCCGCAAUCCCGUCUGCAACAACCGGUCGAGGUUCAUGUUGGACUUGGACAAGUCCCAGUUCGUAGACUUCCAAAAAGUGAGGAUACAAGAGACGCAAGCUGAGCUCCCCAGGGGCUGCGUUCCGAGGAGUGUCGAAGUAAUCCUGAGAGAGGAAAAUGUUGAGAGCGUUCAGGCCGGGGAUCGAUACGAUUUCACUGGAACAGUGAUAGUCGUUCCGGAUGUUGGGGCAAUGGCCCUGCCGGGCGCAAAAACGCAAAUCGCUUCCAGACACAAGCACGGUGAUGAGGCUGAAGGUGUGAGAGGAUUGAAGGCUCUGGGCGUGAAAGAUCUGCACUACCGGAUGGCGUUUUUGGCUUGCAGUGUGCAGGCCACGAAUCCCAAAUUUGGGGGAAUCGAUCUGCCGAUGGGCGAUAUUACUCCCGAAAUUAUGCGCCAGCAAAUGACUGAAGGGGAGUGGAGGCACAUGUACGAAAUGUCCCACGACAGGAACUUGUACCAAAAUAUGAUCACCAGCUUAUUUCCAAGCAUUUAUGGCAAUGAUGAGGUGAAAAAGGGCAUUUUGCUUAUGCUGUUUGGGGGAGUGUCCAAGACAACUAAGGAGGGCACUUCCUUGAGAGGAGACAUCAAUUGCUGCAUCGUCGGAGACCCGAGCACAGCAAAAAGCCAAUUUUUGAAGCAAGUGUCUGAGUUUGCCCCUCGGGCAGUGUACACAUCAGGAAAGGCUUCAUCUGCCGCCGGUUUAACAGCAGCAGUUGUGCGAGACGAAGAAACCGGCGAUUUUGUUAUUGAAGCGGGCGCCCUGAUGUUGGCCGAUAACGGUGUCUGUUGCAUUGAUGAGUUCGAUAAAAUGGACCCUAGAGAUCAGGUGGCCAUCCACGAAGCGAUGGAGCAGCAAACGAUCUCUAUUGCCAAAGCAGGUGUCAGGGCAACUCUUAAUGCCAGGACUUCGAUUCUGGCGGCAGCCAACCCCUCUGGGGGGCGAUACGACCGUUCCCGGUCGCUCCAGCAAAACAUCCAGCUGUCGGCCCCCAUCAUGUCCAGAUUCGAUUUGUUCUUCAUUCUGAUCGAUGAAUGCAACGAACUCAUUGACUAUUCAAUUGCCAGGAAGAUUGUGGACCUGCACAGCAACAUCGAAGAGACCGUGGAAAAGGUGUACUCCAAACAAGAGGUGCUGCAGUAUAUUAGUUUCGCCAGGAAAUUCAAGCCAGUGAUAAGCAGCGAAUCGGGCUCCCUCUUGGUCAAUUUUUACAAUCGGCUACGACAGCGAGACGACGCGUCCUCCGGAAAAUCCACGUGGAGAAUCACAGUGCGGCAACUGGAGAGCAUGAUUCGCCUGUCAGAGGCGAUGGCCCGGAUGGACAUCAGCGACGACGUCCAACCGAAGCACGUCAAAGAAGCGUACCGGCUGCUAAAUAAGUCCAUCAUCAGAGUGGAACAGCCAGAUGUCCAUUUGGGCGGAGACCAGGAUGAGGUGCUCCAGGAAGACGAAACGUCGCAACUGGAUGGAGCGCAAACGCCCACCCCCCAGCUGGCCAAAAAGAAGAUGGUUCUUAGCUUUGAAGAAUACAAACAUCUGAGCAACCUCAUCGUGAUGUACAUGAGGAAGCAGGAGGCCAAGUUCGAGGAGCAGGGCCGCGAAGGGACGCAUAGAAGCGACGUGCUCCAAUGGUACUUGGAUCACAUCGAAAAUACCGUCGAGUCGGAGGACGAGCUGAUUGAGAAGAAGGACAUGCUGGAAAAGGUCCUGGAUAGGCUGAUUUAUCACGAUCAAAUCAUCAUUCCGCUGACUAAAUCCGGCCUUAAAGGCAGCGCGCAGGAAGAGGAGGACGAUCCUUUGCUGGUGGUGCAUCCGAAUUACUUGAUAGAUCAGUAGUGGGUAUAACACCAUUCUCAGUUAUUUUUCUUUUUUUUGAGAGAGAGAGGGAAUCAGAUCUGCUAUGUGCGCUUCCCAAUGAAGCCCAUAAUUCUUGUGAAAAAUACAGCAACUUCGCUCAGCCAAAGUCAUCGGUUCGGUAUAAGCGACUGCUUUUUAGUAUUACAUUUUUUUGUAUUUUAAA